ACCGGACUUCAAGAGAGAGCCACACAUUCAGGCGCUUUGCUCCUUCUCCUUCACUCUAAGGGCAAGAUGGGUUGGCUUUGGGAGUUCAAGUUCUCAUUGGCGUUCCUUGUCACGGUAGCUGUCGCCAACUCGAUCCUCCGACCAAGGCGAAUACCCUGGCCGGACCCAGUCCCAGCAUCUUCGAUCGGCCCGCUCGACUGGUCAUCGAUUCGGCCGCCCAUCUUCUCCUCACCAGCAGGUCACCUCGCCUCCAACAAAGCCGCCACCCUCUCUUCCCCGCCCACCUCAGUCGACUGGCGCAACCGCUCCGGCAUCAACUACAUCACAACCACCCAAGACCAAGGCGGCUGCAACAGCUGCUGGGCCUUUGCAGCGACCGCGCUGAUCGAGUCGAUGGUGCGCAUCGAGCACGGCGUGUGGAGCAAGCGGAGCGAAGCCGACCUGCACGACGGGGUUGGCGCGGCUUGCGAGAGCGUGGGCAACGCCGAGGAGACGCUGGCGUGGGUGGCUGGGCAGGGUAUCAUGUUCGUAAAUGAUACAAACGCUCAACCGCCGGGGAUUGCGGACUGGCCGUGUGACCCAUAUGAGGCGACGCUACAUAGCUAUGAGCCCUGUAGAGACCGGUCGGGCAGAACGACGCAUAUCCCGUUUUAUCAGGCUCUCGGAGAAAUCCAGGACCAGAAGAGAUGGCUGGAUGAGUAUGGGCCGCUAAUUGCUACGUUUGUGCUGUACGCGGACUUUGGGUCGUGGAAGCCGGCGAAUGAAUGGGUUGUUUACAAGUGGGAUGGGGUGGCCGAGUCGACGGGGAAUCAUCUCGCGCUGGUGGUCGGCUAUGACGACGAGAAGCAAGCUUGGAUUCUCAAAAACUCUUGGGGAAAGGGGUGGGGGAUCGAUGGUUUCGUUUAUUUUGGAUAUGACCAAGGCAAUAUCGACAGCUGGACGAAAUACGGGGUUGCUAAUGUCAACCCGGAUCCGUGGACACGCAAGCGCCAUCAGAGCGGGAGCAUGCUGCAGUCGGGGAACGGCGAGUCUCACCGGGACUUUGAGCUUCUGAUCAGUUCCGCUGCCGAUGGGUUCCAUCACGUCUCGCGCGACGGAGACACAUUCAAGUGGAAUAAGAUCUUGGACGUUCCGGGCACCGCCUUGGUUGGCCAUCCCGCCAUUGCUGGAACUUCGUUCAACCGGGAUUUCCACGCAGUUGGCGUUGACAAGGAUCAAGCACUGCACCAGUGGGCGUACAGCCAGUCAGAAAAGAAGUGGUCGCAAAUUUCCAGUCUGAAGGGCAAGGGCAUUGAUGGGUUUCCCGGCUUGGUCCAGAGCGACGGGUCACAGUUGGUGAUGGUCGUGAAGCAUGCUGAUGGGACACUAAACGAGUGGCAACAACUGCCCAAUAGCACAACCUGGACCCAAACCAACUCAACCAUCGCAAAGAACAUCGCCCAGAGCGGCCCCUCUCUCGUGCACUCCAACGUCGGCUUAGACCUCUACAAGUCAGAGGGCAACUCGCGCGGCAACCUGUAUACCGUAGCCGUUCGCACGGACGGCACAAUGCAAUUCUUUUGGCGCAAUGGUCAGGACACAACAGAAUGGUGGGCGGGCGAAGUAUUCGGCUCUGGGAUCCCGCCUGACACACCGCCUGUGAUGAUCCAGGACUAUUUCGGCACAGUCAACGAGACUAGCAUCGGGGGGUUCCAGCUAGUCAUUGCCGUGAACGGCAGUGUGCAGCACUGGGAGAGAGUGAACGAUGAUAUCCACGCCAAGAACCCGGCAGAGGGUGAGCCGGGCAAGUGGCGACUGGUCCAGACGGCGGGAACAGGGGUGAAGCAGGUUUGGGCGCUGGUUCAGGGGAGCUUUAACCAGAGGAUGCACAUGGCCACUGAAGGGACAUAUGGGCUGCUUUCCUACUGGGAGUGGGAUGGAAAAUGGAAUUUGGUCGAGACGCUGCCGGCAAUAGACGACUCGACCUGGACCAAGUCACACCCGGUGAGUGGCGGUUGAAUGACAGGAUAGGGACUGUAGAUGUCGG